AUGAGUUUCAUUCAGCGGAUCGCGAAACAGUUACCCUCCUCGCCCAGCCUGCCCCUAGACGACGCCCCCAAUGAAAAAGGCGGCGUAUACCCCAGGUUCGCUUUUUUCCGUCGGAGAAUACGACUAAAGGGCAACUCGUCGAUCUCGAUCCCCCUGGGCUUUGUCUUAUUAUUCCCAUGCCUUGUAAUAAUUCUUAUUUUACUUCUUUUUGUUCGUCAUCCUUCCUCUCCCGGAGGCAUCUUAAUACCAGCUGGCACACCACCAUCCAUCAGGAAGAUCAGUGAGCAGCAUGACAAGGUUUUCGCUACCGGUUGUCUUCCCGUCGAAACAGACGGCCCUCGGGCAAACGCUGCCUUCGUCGUCCUCGCGCGGAACAAGGAGCUGGAUGGUGUUAUUGAAUCCAUGAAGUCGAUUGAGAGACACUUCAACCGCUGGUAUAACUAUCCCUAUGUAUUCCUAAACGAUGGCGACUUCGACGAUACCUUCAAAGAUACUGUCAAGAACUACUCCAGUUCCUCGGUGGAAUUUGGCAAGAUUGAUAGUUCCAUGUGGGGCUUCCCUGAUUGGGUUGACCACGAAGUUGCGAAGGAAGGCAUUAGAAAGCAGGGCGAUGCUGCAAUUAUGUAUGGUGGAAUGGAAAGUUACCACCACAUGUGCCGAUUCUAUUCUGGCUUUUUCUACAAACAUCCUCUUCUUCUGAAGUAUGAAUGGUACUGGCGUCUGGAGCCCGAGAUCAAGUACUUCUGCGAUAUUACCUAUGAUCCUUUCAUCAAGAUGGCCGAAGCGAACAAAACGUACGGUUUCACGAUUGCCGUCAAGGAACUUCGCGAGACGGUCCCUAAUAUCUUCCGCUAUGCCGCCGCCUACAAACGCACCAACAACCUCAAAUCGAAGGGUCUCUGGGAAAUGUUCCUCGAGAAUCCGCCGAAGGAAGAAGAAACCCCUCCGGAAGAUGACAAGAAGGACAGACUCCCCGAAGAGAUCCUGCAGAACGAACCUGGCGCCAACACCGUACCUGAGGUCGACCCGGAAGCCAUGGAAGGCGAAUCUUAUAACAUGUGCCAUUUCUGGAGUAACUUCGAAAUUGCGCGUCUGGACUGGUUCCGUAGCAAGGAGUAUGAGGAUUUCUUCGAAAUGAUGGACAGGAGCGGAGGCUUUUGGACAGAAAGAUGGGGUGAUGCACCUAUUCAUUCGCUAGCCGCCGGUGCUCUUCUUGCCCCUAGCGAUAUUCAUUAUUUCCGGGAUAUCGGUUAUCGUCACACUACGAUUCAACACUGCCCCGCCAACGCCCCUGCACGACAAUUGCCGCGGAUCCCAUGGCUGGAAAAGACCACAGAGGACGAAAAGGAACGCAUUGAAGAAGAUGAAUAUUGGGCCAAUCCGGACCCUGUCAAGGAAAACGGUGUGGGCUGUCGGUGCAGAUGUGACACGGACAUUGUUGAUGUGGAAGGGAAACAGGGCAGCUGUUUCGCCGAAUGGGUAGAAGUCGCUGGAGGCUAUGCGUCUCCCUAA